AUGUCUGAUUACCCCGACUCUGACCGCAUCAUGCAGCGUGAGAGGUCUCGUUCACCCCGUCGUCGUUCUUCCCGCAGUCCCAGACGAAGCCGUCGCUCGUACUCCCCGCGCAGCCGCUCUCGCAGCCGUGGUGACCGUGGUGACCGUGGUGACCGAGGUGAUCGUAACGACUAUCGUCGCAACGACCGCCGUUCGCGAUCGCCUUUGAGUGCUUCUGGUGCUGCUGGAUCGUCCGGCUCGCCUUACGGUGGACGCAGUGGUUACGCGCCGAAACCUUUUGAAAAUCGCUCUCACAACAAAGACAAUAUGAUGCAAUCCGUGCGCGACUCGUCCCAGCAAGACCGCCGUGUCUAUGUCGGCAAUCUUUCUUAUGAUGUGAAAUGGCAUCAUCUCAAAGACUUUAUGAGACAGGCUGGAGAAGUUCUCUUUGCCGAUGUGUUACUACUUCCAAAUGGAAUGUCGAAGGGAUGCGGGAUUGUGGAAUACGCUACGAGGGAGCAAGCACAAAAUGCUGUCAACACUCUCAGCAACCAGAACCUGAUGGGUCGUCUCGUUUACGUUCGCGAGGACCGUGAGGCCGAGCCUCGAUUCGUCGGUGGUCCGCCCCGUAACGACUUCGGUGGAGGUGGUGGUGGCCGAGGUGGUUUCGGCGGCGGUGGCUUCGGCGGACCCCCUGUUCCCCGCCAUUCCGUCUAUGUGGCGAACCUUCCUUUCGAAACUGCCUGGCAAGAAGUGAAGGACCUUUUCCGUGACGCUAUCGCACAGGGUGUCGCCCCAGGUCGCGAUCUCCACGUCGACCUUCACUACGAUCAUGGUCGCUUUAAGGGAUCCGGUGUUGUGCACUUCGACAAUGAAGGCGAUGCACAGAACGCCAUUGCCAUGUUCAAUGGCCGGGACUGGCACAACCGUGUUCUUGAGGUUCGCCCCGAUCGUUUCGCGGGUGUCCCACGUGGAGGCUUUGGCGGCGGCCGUGGUGGCUUCGGUGGACGCGGUGGAUUUGGCGGCCCUCGCGGCGGCUUUGGCGGUCCCCCUGCCUUUGGUGGUCGUGGUGGUUUCGCUGGCCGCGGCGGCUUUGGCGGUGGGUUCCGUGGUGGUUUCAAUGGUGCUCCCGCCUAUGGCGGCGGCGGCGGCGGCAACUUCCAGGCUGGGCCUGCCACUCCCGGCAACGAGUUUACCGAUGGAGUCACCGGUGGUGGUGACAAGAACUCGGAUAUCUACGUCAGCAACCUUCCAUGGGUCACUGAGAACGGUGACUUGACCGAGCUCUUCAAGACCAUUGCCCAGGUGGAGCAUGCUGAGAUCCAGUAUCUUCCCGAUGGUCGCUCCAAUGGAACUGGCGUUGUUCGAUUCCAGAGCGACGAGAUGGCCGAGAAGGCAAUUGAUACUUUCACUGGCUACCUCUAUGGUCAACGUCCCCUGGGAAUCACCUUUGCCAAGCGCAAUGCCCGAUCGGGGCCCGAGGGCCAGGGAGACUCCGGGGACAUGAUGGGUGGAAUGGACCACCAGGUUCCCCAGGACCAGAUGAUGGAGCCAACGGGCAUCACUCAGGACCAGAUCAUGUAA